GCUUGGGUUGAGAAAUGAACCUGGGAGCGUCUUAUCGCAAUCUCCUGACGUAAGCUUCUCUUUUGCAGAUUUCUUACUCCAGGAAGAAAAAUGGCAUCUGUUGCAGUCGAUCCACAACCGAGUGUGGUGACCAGGGUGGCCAGCUUGCCCCUGGUGAGCUCCACCUACGACCUCAUGUCUUCAGCGUAUGUGAGCACAAAGGAUCAGCAUCCCUACUUGAAGUCUGUGUGUGAGAUGGCAGAGAAGGGCGUGAAGACCAUCACCUCGGUGGCCGUGACGAGUGCUCUGCCCAUCAUCCAGAUGUUAGAGCCGCAAAUUGCGGUUGCCAAUUCCUAUGCCUGUAAGGGGCUGGACAGGAUCGAGGAGAGACUGCCUAUCCUGAAUCAGCCAUCAACUCAGAUUGUUGCUAAUGCCAAAGGUGCUGUGACCACUACUGUGACCGGGGCCAGGAAUUCUGUGGCCAACACGAUCACAGGGGUGAUGGGCAUGACCAAAGGAGCGGUGACUGGCAGCGUGGAGAAGACAAAGUCUGUGGUCAAUGGCAGCAUCAACACCGUGCUGGGCAGUCGGAUGAUACAGCUUGUCAGCAGUGGAGUGGAAAAUGCACUCAGCAAAUCAGAGUUGUUGGUAGACCAGUACCUCCCACUCACCGAGGAAGAACUAGAAAAGGAAGCAACAAAAGUUGAAGGAUUUGAUGUGGUUCCAAAGCCAAGUUACUAUGUUAGACUGGGAUCACUGUCCACCAAGCUCCGAUCACGCGCCUACCAACAGGCUCUCAGCAGGGUCAGAGAAGCCAAGCAGAAGAGCCAAGAGACCAUUUCUCAGCUCCAUUCUACUGUUCACCUGAUCGAAUUUGCAAGGAAGAAUGUGCAUAGUGCCAACCAGAAGAUUCAGGAUGCUCAGGAUAAGCUCUAUGUCUCCUGGCUGGAGUGGAAAAGAAGCAUUGGCCAUGAUGAUACUGAUGAAUCCCACUGUGCUGAGCACAUCGAGUCAUGCACCCUCGCCAUUGCCCGCCACCUGACGCAGCAGCUCCAGACCACAUGCCACACCCUCCUGUCCAACAUCCAAGGGUUACCACAGAACAUCCAAGAUCAGGCUCACCACGUGGGGGUGAUGGCCGGCGACAUCUGCUCAGUGUUCCGCAGUGCCGCCUCCUUUAAAGAAGUGUCUGACAGCCUCCUCACUUCUAGCAAGGGACAGCUGCAGAAAAUGAAGCAAUCUUUAGAUGAAGUGAUGGAUUAUCUUGUUAACAACACUCCCCUCAACUGGCUGGUAGGUCCCUUUUAUCCUCAGCUGAUUGAGUCUCAGAAUGCUCAGGUCCAGGGUGCGGAGAUGGAUAAGGACUAGCCAGGAGACCCAGCCAGUCUGAGCCCAAAACUCAUUCAGCUGACCCAUCACCAGUGCACAAUGCAGCCAGCCAGAUGACACUGUGUUAUAUUGAAACUAACCUGCUACCCAGCUCUAAAUUGGGAAGCACAUAGCUAGGAAGGGGGGGGUCCUUCAUUGUGGUUAUUUCUAGCUAAACGAAAAGCUUUAAAGUCUGUGGCAUGAGCAGAUACGA